AUGCCUUCGCUGUGGGGCUCCAAAAACAAAGACAACGGCGAGGAGAACGGCGAGGGUCGGCCAGAGAGUAGACCGGACAGCAGAAGCAUGAGGGAACCCACGGAGAGAGACAGGCUGCUGCCAGACAACCACCGUCCACCGCACGCAGAUGGCUACCUUGAUCCCGAUGAUCCAGCUGUAUCGCCAUACAACCUAUGGACCGUUCGAUUCCUGCGAUAUCUCUCUAUCCUCUUCCUCGCUAUUACCUUCCUGUGGUGGGUGCUGCUCCUUGUUAGCAUCUUCGUAUCACCACCUGGACUGCACACCAGAGGCUCAGGCUUCUUCGACUUCGCGUACGCCUGCCUGACCAUUGGCGUCCUCCUCACCUCGCUGCUCUUCUUCUCGGCACCUAGCAUGUCCAUGAGAGUCGCCCAGGGCAUUCUUGGGCUCUUCCUCUUGACAGACCUCAUCAUCAUUGUGGCAGUUGGGAGAAUACGCGCAGAAGAGGGGCCGCCUGGUAUUUCGAGUGUGGUCUGGGCCACAGCUAUAACUGCGUGGUGCAUAUUUACCGAUCGCAUUGUGACAUGGGGCAAGCGAGAGGAAGAGGAACGCCUGACCGGCCGCCCUGAGACCAGACGAACACUAAAGGAGUGGCUCUCCGUGCUCACAGCAACCGUUAUCCUUGUGGUGUUCAUCAUCAUAUCAGUGCUUAUGACAGCGACACUCAUCAUUCGCAGUCUGGAUGCUGGCCUUCCUAUGGACGGCGAGCGCUAUUUGGUCGAUGACGGCAAGUACGAAGUCCACCUGGCUUGUGUGGGCAACGCAACGACCGACAAGAAGGGUAACAAGUCUCCCACUGUCCUUCUCGAAGCGGCAGGAUUCCCUGUCGAGUACGACUUUGAACACUGGGCUUGGUUUGCCGUGCAGAACGGCACCAUCGACCGUUACUGCUAUUGGGACCGCCCUGGCUACGCGUGGUCCGACAACGCCCCAUCACCUCACAGUGCUGGCAUGUCGGCAGAUGUUCUCGCCGAAGCCCUCACGCUGAAGGGAGAGGAGGGACCGUACAUUAUGGUCUCUGCCGGAUAUGGAAGCAUCGUCUCGCGGAUCUUUAGCGCGAGGCACUUCCGCCAAGUCGUAGGCAUCAUGCUGGUCGAUGGUCUGCACGAGGACUUGCUUUCGAGAAUGGCCGACACUACUCGCGGCUUCAUAACCUGGGGUUGGGGUAUCAUCAGCCCACUCGGUCUUCGUCGCAUCAUUGGCUCCAUCUUCAUGGGUCAGACGAGGGAGGACCGCGUCUACGGCAUUGCCGCUGAUGAGAAUGGAAAAUUCCUUAAAGCCAAGCUCCAGGAGAACCUCGUUGCCAACUCACUUUCCAAGAGUGAGCUCGCUUCUGCGAGAGUCAUCCAAGACAUCGACACCCCACUUGCAAUCAUCACUUCAGGUGAACGUGUGAAGCAAGACGACCAGUGGGAGGAGAAGCAAAAGGACUUGACCAACAUCACCAGCAACCUCCUCUCCUGGGACAUCGUCAACAAAGCCCCACAUCACGUGUGGCUGACCUACGACGGCCGUCAAACGAUGGAGAAGCGCCUGGGUCAGCUCGUGAAAGCUCACUACAAAUCCCGGAAGGACCAUCCGAGCCUCGAUCUGGGCAUGCAGGAGCAGCCACGCGAUGAUUGA